UGCCUGCGACACUUGAAGGUGGUGAGAUGGCCCAAGUGGUUAGAGCGCGGAUUUACUGACCGGAAGGUCCGUGGUUCGAAUCCGACUUUUGCUUCUCGACUUCCCCUGUCUAGGCUUGGGCAACCUGACAGUAUCCCAACCCUCGUGCAACCUUCGGGUGGCAUGGCAGGGGGCGAGUUUACUGAUCGGAAGGUUCGUGGUUCGAACCCGACCUCUGACUCUCGACAUCCUCGGCUAGGCUUGGGAAACCUGGCAGUAUUCCAGCCCUCGUGCUCCCUUCGUAUAGCAUGGCAGCUAGGCACCGGGUAUUACAGC